GGUUCUGACUGGAAGGAAGGCAAGGCUGGUGCUGCUCCCUACACCUGCUCAGCUCACUGUUCCCUCCUCCCACCAGUCGAAAACUCACCUCAGUGUCGCUAGGUCGCACGGAGCAUGACUCUUUGUUGGAAAUUCAUGCGCCCACCUUUGAAGUUCUGGUUGGUGUUGAAGAGAGAUCUUUGAAAGCCCGUGGAUAGGAAGUGGCAUCAUUUGUUUUGAUGGACGGCUGACAUGACUUUGCUGAAAGGUUGAUUGACUGUCACGCAUUGCAUCAGGUGAUAAGGAUACGAAGUCCUCAAAAUGCUCCUCACAGAAGCCUCCAAAACCAAUGGCACCAUGCCGUUGGGUUCGCGCUACAAGGGCCUCUUCAGUUCCCGGAACGCUCCCACCGCCAGGGCUUACUUCAUCCUGUUUAGCUUCUUCCUGGGGGUCCUCCUGAUUACUUUGGGCGCCGUCUUCUGCAACGUCAUCCUCACCCAGCCGCCCCCGGGCGGGGCACACGUCAUCCACGUGCCCCCUGUGCCCGUCGCCUGCGCCCUCAUCGUUUUCGGCGUCGUCUGCUUCCUCUCCAGCAUCGGGACAGCUUGGAGGUACGGCUUUGAUGAUGGGGACGACGAGAAGUUCACUUUCGCCCAAGACGACGUUCUCGACCAACACCAUCAGCGAGCGGCGCCGGCGAGGAACCUGCCCGUCUGAGGAGGAAACGACGAAAUAGCUUCCACGUUAGAAACUUCGAUUCAAGACACAUGAAGUUUCUCGGUUUUUAAUGCAGCAGCCAUGGGGUUGGGGGUGGGGUGAAUGCGUUGAGUGAACUUGUUGUUUCUUUAUUAUUAUUAUUAUUAUUAUUAUUAUUGUUUGCCUUGCUUUGCAUCCAUUUACUAUAACCAAUUGGAACUGUUGAAGCUGAACAUGACCUCAAAUGGCAUUUCAGACCAAAGAUAACCACUGAUUGUUGAGCUGAAGAAAUAUUUUGUGUAAAGUCUCACGAAUGACUGUUUCCGAUAAUUAGAUGAAGUGAAAAUGUCUUCCUUCGAAAAUUGUUUAUUCCGAAUGAUGAAGAAACUUCAAACGAGCAGCAAGCAGGACCUUGAAUGAUUGAUUACUUCAUUCACUGUAAAAGUCAUUUCAACAUCGCCAAGAAAAAGUUUUUUCUUUUAUCUUUAUAUUCUUGAACUUGAAUACGGUAUCGGUUAUGACAAACAAUGCUAUUUCCAGUUUUGCAUUCACGAAGCUGAUACCAAACGAGGCUGAGAAUAUAUCACUUGGAAUCAUUCGCUUGAUUUGUAGCGAGUCAGCUCUACAUAGUCCUGUUGAUUUAUAUGAGAGGAAAUAAUUAGAAAUGAUUGGAAUU